AUGUCUGAUCUCAACACCACCUCCCCCCUUCCUCUGAUUCCGGUCAUCAUUUCUCAGGAGGGUACAAACCAGCAGCAGUCGGUGGCUGACCUGGCAAAGGAUGAUCAAGACCCUGAGGUCGAAGAGAUUCCGGAGCUGCGGCGGGGAUACUUGGUUCUUGAGACCAGGUAUCUAGCCAAUGAUCUGUCGCCUCUGCAUAGGCUGGAAGAUAUUUUCGCUGACAUGGCGGCAAAAGCCCUUCAAAUGGGAUUGUCGGAUGUCAUCUGUCGGCUCGGCAAGCGGCCACUCCGUGUGGCAACGAUGUGUUCAGGAACGGAAGCCCCGUUACUGGCCCUGGACAUGAUUUCAACGGGUCUAGGUAUGGACCAGCAACUCCGGAUCUCGCACGCUUUCAGCUGUGAGAUUGUUCCGCUCAAGCAAUCAUACAUUGAGCGGAACUUCCGCCCUCCUCUCCUGUUUCGUGACAUCACGGAACUUGGAGGAGAUACGGCGCGAACGGCCUACGGGUCGCCGGAAUUGAUCCCUGGCAACCUCGACAUAUUAGUUGCAGGAACCGCCUGUGUCGAUUUUUCUCCGCUGAACAACCGCAAGAAGACCCUGCUGCAAGGUGGAGAGUCUGGGGCCACCUUCAACGGUCUAUUGCGGUACGCGGAGAAAUAUCGACCCCGUUUGAUCAUUCAGGAGAAUGUUCGGACCGCCCCAUGGGAGCAGAUGAAGGGAAUUUGGGAGGGCCUCGACUACAUGUCGGUCGAUCUACACGUCGACACAAAACAUUACUACAUUCCACAGACACGUGAACGUGGGUACUUGGUGGUCAUUGACAAGCGCCGCUUGGAAGCGGCGGGCCUGCUUGGAGACCUCAAGAACCAGGUCGAUAUUAAAACCAUCGACCAACACGUUCGCGGCCUUGUCGACUCCUUCAAACGGAGAGCAAGUGCACCUGUCGGAAUGUUUUUGUUGUCCGACGACGACCGUCGACUCGAGUCCAUCGAGAAGAAGGCAUGCCUAGAGUUCCGAAGCGACAUCAGCUGGGAGAACUACCAGGCUCGUCAUCAGCGCCAUCGUGACGAGCUUGAACUAGGCAACGAACGCCCGAUUACUCGAUCCCAACCCGGAGUCAAUAUGCUCAGGGCACCGGACUUCUUCUGGCAUCGUUUUAUGAAGACGCAGCCAGAGAGAGUAUGGGAAACUGUGGAUAUGAAUUUCCUGAAGAAGAUUGUUCGUGGAUACGACAUGAACUUCAAGGAGCGUUGGAUCGACUUGUCUCAAGGCGUCGAUCGAGGGCAUGACAGCCUUGCUGGGUCUGGAAUCGCUGGUUGCCUGACACCAAAGGGUAUACCAUUCGUAACCACCCGUGGAGGGCCCGUGUCUGGCACGGAGGCUCUUUCACUGCAAGGGCUGCCCCUCGAUCGGAUGCUGCUAACGAGAGAAACUCAAGCCGAACUGAUGGACAUGGCUGGAAAUGCAAUGACGAGCACCGUCGUCUGUGCAGUGAUGCUCGCGGGCCUGAUCGCCGCGCAUAAAAUUCUUGACACCAACGAGGGUUCGACCGAGCCUGAUAGCACCGAGGAUAAUCCGCUUCUCAUCAGCAAGGAAUAUAGCCUUGUGAGGAGCAGCCUCGAUGUGGCCUCAACUCGCCCCGUUAACCACCGUGACCUCAAAGCAUUGUCAGCAAACACCGUCAUGUGUUGCUCGUGCGAGAGACAGACCGGGGUCAAGAAUUCAAUUUUCACCUGCUCCCUUUGUGGACAUUCCGCUUGCAUUUCCUGCUAUGGAAAUCCCACGCACUCAUAUCUACGUGAAUUCCGCUCCCGAAUUGAGCCGUCAGAGUUUAUUGCGAAUAUCAAGGGACUUGUUCCCAUGAAGCUUAUGCUUUCUGGUUUGUCUGAAAAAAAUUUCGAGGCAUUCAAACCUUUUUACCCCGACAACACCCUCUCAGCGUUCUGGGACGACUUCAUGCACACCGUCAAAUCACUUUGCACCGAUGCUUUACAAUUUUUCGAAGUGAAGCGCGGGAAGAGUUGGCGAGUCAUUUAUCAAGGACCGUACUCCAGCUUGUAUCUUGAGAUUGGACCGGACUCAAUCCAGUGGCUUUUGUACGCAAAGCCACCCAAAUCCGCGAGCACGAGAAGCACCAUCCGAGAAGUGCUAGCAAAGCCAAUCGCACGCAUGAAACCGAAUGAUGGGUCGUUUGUUGAAGGUAAUUGGGAAGUGUGUUCCCCCGCGAGCACAGCAUUCACCGUCAAGAUCACUGGAACGGAGCAGCAAGUCAAGUCAUUCCAAGCAGAAUGUGGUCUCAAGGGUGCCAAUUUCAUCAACUCUCAAGUCUGGACUCAUCUUUACGUCGAUGCACUAGACGCCGAUCUCGCGAUCCUUGACUACAACAUUAGAGGAUUUUACGAAGCUCUUCCUCACUGUGGUACAUCACUCGGAGCAAUGUACCGAAGGAAGAGCACUGAUAACCAGCCUACCAUCUACCUGUUUCUUGACACGCAAAAGCUCACCCUCCCCAAAGACGAUGCCUGUGUAUUUGCUGUUGAUCACAGUCGUCUUCCUGGAUAUGAACAAAGAAUGUCCAUCGCUGAGUUGUCCCCAACUUGGAGAGCUUUAAAUGCAUCAAAAGGUCCGAGCAAAGUCAAUGCCUAUUGUCGUCGUUGGCUCAAGGUCCCCAGAGUGAAGUUGAACAUCUGUUCUGAACAGAUAACUCACGACGCCUUGCCGCGAGGAACUCAGAUCUCGAUCACAAACCAGAAAUGUCAUAAUGCUUGCAUUCCCCUCGCUUCAUUGUCCGCCCCAAAAAUGAUUCUCAACUUGCCCGACGCAAAGCUCGGGUGGCAAGCGUGGGAUCCCGUGGUAUCAAUGAGAGAACUGAAAGGUCUCGCUUGGUUAUUCCCGAAGAUUGCUGGAUGGUCCGACUUUGAAGAAUGGAACAAGAUCGUUUAUUCAGAAAGUCCGGAACAUGCCAAUGAAGUGAUUGAUAACUGCAACGUCUGCAAUCCACCUCCCCCCAACAUCAUCUGGGGCCGGGACAACAAAGACCGAAUCACUCCCUAUGAGAAUCCUCAGGACGCUGCUACCUAUGAACGUGCCGUAAAAUCUCGACCCUCGCCGUUUUUGGUCCUCAGAAGAAUCAACGAACGUGGAGAUGGAGAAUUAUGCUUCACUCUCAACGUUCAAGCUCUGAUGCACCAGGCACAUGGAAAACUGGUUGGCUUCGAAAGCCGUGAGAACAUCACCUCGCACUGGCGACUUCUUCCUCAUGCAUACGAUAUGCAGAAGUCCGAGCUGGCCCGACAAGAGACUGAUCGCAAGUUCACAUUACUUAACAAUUCAAACGAUACUCCGUCAUCACAACCUCCCAACUUCAUGUAUCAUCUACGCACCGAGCAACUGCAAUCGCUCAGCUGGAUGAUCUCCCAAGAGAUAGAUGACAUUGCACCUUUCAUGGAAGAAGAAGUCGAAGAAUCCAUUCUUCCUUUGAUGCCCUGGCGUGCCGAAGUCAAAGCGACAAUCCCCAAGAUUGUUCGUGGCGGCGUGCUGGCUGAUGAGGUCGGAUAUGGAAAGACGGCAAUUGUCCUUGGAUUGAUUGAUGCACAGUACGAAAGAGACUGCAAUCGGAUUCCGGACGAAAGCAAUGGGUUGAUCCCCACAAAGGCAACUCUGAUUAUUGUGCCGAACAACGUGUUCAAGCAAUGGUAUUCGGAAACCAAGAAAUUCCUUGGAGAGAAAUACAAGGUCCUUGCGCUGGAGUCGAUCACCAAGACUACCAUUCAGGAUGUUCAAGAUGCUGACAUCGUUCUUCUGUCAUGGAGUAUCUUGGCGAACGACAGCUACUACACCCGACUUCAAAGAUUUACCGGAACACCGCAAGCUCCCGCAAGAUCGGGCGGAGGAACAGGUCGUAACUUUGACAGCUGGUUCCACAACGCCCGUGCUUCCCUUCGAGAGCUUGUUGGUACUUUGAAAUCCCAUGGUCCUGAGGCGCUGCUUCAAGAAAUUGGGGCAAGACGUCGCCGAGUUCAAGAGACACAGGCCAACUGCACAUUUGUGCCUUCCCGACGCCUCCGUGGUCAGGCAUUCGCUGCCGCUCAAGGAAAAGCUGGCAACGACAAGUCCGACACAGCAGUUACAUCUACAGCAGCUACAACACAGACAGUUGAGACUGAAGAAUCUUUGAAUCCCGCUGAACAUCUGAACCCUGGUGAUUCUGGAUACGAAGACUCUGAUCUAUCUGAAGCCGAGGACAACGAUUGUGGGACGAAUGCAAGCCAGCGGAAGCGAAGACACAACAAGCAGAAAAUGAGAGCUCCAGGAGGAAAGCGACAAAAACACCAGUCUACUGAACCAGCAAAAGUGUCGGAUGUCAAACGUAAAGCCAAAUUGAAGGUGGUGCUAGAUGAUGCAACAGCGUUCGGUAUUUCAAAUGCUGAGCAGGGUUGGCGCACUGUUGCAGCUGCAUUCAUCCACGCCUUCAACUUCAAUCGUUUGAUUAUCGACGAGUACACAUAUGCUGGGGAGGAACGACAGGUGUCCCUACUGUCAGUGCAGGCACGCUCCAAAUGGAUUCUCUCAGGAACACCCGCUCUGGACGAAUUUGCCGACAUCAAGAGUAUUGCUCGCUAUCUCGGUCUUGACCUUGGUAUUGACGACGACGGUGAUAGUGACAGAAUCUCUCAGAACAAGAGACUGCGAAUGAUUCGGAAGAAUCAGACUGCUGCCGAGGCUUUCCAGAUGUACCAAGCUCCUCGGAGUAACGCAUGGUACGGAAACCGCGAAGAGCAUGCUCAAAGAUUCCUACAUCGGUUCGCACGUCAGAACAUCGCCCAGAUUGAUCACAUACCCCUCGAGACCAACAUUGUUCUCGUUUGUCAAUCACCUGAAGAGAAAGCAGCAUACGAUAUCCUGUAUGAUGCGGUAAAGGAGAACCGAAAACGGAUCGACGGUCCCCUGAACAGCCUUCUUGCAAAGAGUCAAACUCUUCCAGAAGCUCUCAUCAUGAGCUGCACAACGACCCAUAUUGGCAAGCCUCCCUGGGGCGUUGAGAAAUGUCGCAAGGUGUUGGCAACUAACCAAGCCAAAUCUACGGUCCACUGGACGAAACUCGACAACCUAUGCCGACAAGCAAUCCUUGUUGGAUAUCGUGACGACGACAACCCAUUCGACUGGCAAGUACUGACGGAAAUCAUCUCCAAGUCAAAAAUUGGACACCCCGUAGUAAACAGCAGAGUUAUUGAGCUCUUGUUCAAUUGCCAUCAGUCAUACCAAGAAUGGAUUGUGUUGAUGGAACAUCAGAAUAUUGUCACCAAGGUUAAUGAGAGAUUCGAAAAGGCUCUCAAUGCAACGGUUGUGAAGGGAACCAGCGGAAAGCCCGCAGAAGCAGAAGCUACCGACGAUGGUAAAUCACAGGAACCAUCUCGGAAUAAGGUCAAGACGUCUACAGAGCCCUCUGAUGAGACUCGCAAGCAAGCAUCUCUCGCCAUGACCAAGGCCUUGACUACAGACAUCAUGACUUCGUUGAAGUCGGCGAUUGAAGUCGACCGCGAAAUUCGCUUCUACGGUGCGUUGCUGACCAUCCACGCCUCCACCAUCCCAGCUUGCAAUGGCUGCGCUGAAGACGAGCAUGACAUCGCAGACGUCAGCAUUCUCCGAACCUGUGGACACGUCCUCUGCAAGGCUUGCACCCUAGCUUCCCAAGAGGACAAACAAUGCGUCUGCCAUGAAUGCGACGGAAAAGUGACAGCAGUGUCCAAGGUCAUUGUCGGGCUAUCGGUCAAGGAGGAAGACCGGACAAGCGAAAGUUCCAAGCUCAAUAAGCUUGUGGAUAUUGUCCGUGGCGUCCCGCAGGACGAACUCGUCCUGAUCUUCGUACAGAUCGGCCACUUGAUGCCUGUCGCCUCGGAAGCCCUCAAAUCUGCAAAUAUUGAACACCGAAUGGUCACAUCGACAAACCUGAAAGUGAUCACGGAGUUCAUUGAGGGCCCGAAAAUGAAAAAGGGGAAGCAACAACCUCCGCGGGCAAAGGCCCUGAUCCUGAAUCUCGGCAGCGCAAUGGCGGCUGGCCUAAACCUCCAGUGCGCAAACCAUGUGGUCUUCCUGUCGCCUCUGUUCGUGGCUUCACAGCCCGAAUACGCGGCAGGAAUGACCCAAGCCAUCGGAAGGGCCCAGCGGUACGGGCAGAAGCGUACCGUACAGGUAUACCACCUCCUGGUGAAGGGGACGGUAGAGGUGAACAUCUUCGCCCGGCGCAAUGCCUCACAUGGCAAUGGGACGCUGGUAGAGAGGAGAGGGGCGGCCUGCCUCGUGGCAGAGGAAGCAGUCCGGGAGGACGACGUCCGGUGCGCUGGGAAGCGGGUGGAAGAUGAGAAUGGGGAGGUUGUGUGA